AUGAUGUUAUCUGCACGAGAAGUCUCUGGGCCUGAACAAACCGGCGGGCCCCGGCGGAGAGAAUCCCAGGAAACACGAUGGAACAAUCACGCCCCUGUCGACAAGGAUAAUUACAAGAGGGGCACAAUUGUGAACUUCCCUCAUGUGGUCCUUUGCGAAGCGAAUGGUCCCAAUGCUGUCCAGACGCAGUUUGGCUGGUUUUGUUUCAAGACGAGAUACGGUAUCGUCAUCGACAACACCACCGAACUUGAGGUCCUAAAGCUCGGCACUUCCGGAGGACGCGGACCAUUAUCGAAGCCCAUACAAGUCCGCGUGGAUUGCUUCGGUCUCAAGAAAGCAGAAGAUGCAGAAUUCUACUGCUGGGACGAAGAGCUGGGUAGUAAGGUCGCGUGCACCCCAGAAAAAGGCGUCUAUGACAUAGAAGUAGGUUGCCCAUACCAACCCAAGACGGGCGCCUUUGGAAAUGUCUUAGACGUUAUUCCCCUCCCACACGACUCCCGUAUCCAAGUUUGCGGGGAGAUCGGAGAAGACGUCCUCAACGCGAUUCUAAAGAAGCGCAAUCGAAGACUACUACAGAAACAAAGCACGAGCACCCCCAAGGACAUGUGGAUUGAGGAAUUGGAGGCACGCCUUGACAAGGACAAGCACACUCACCAAGAUGCAGACGACAAGACCCGCCCGGAGCAGACGAAGCAGGAUCAGCAGCCUAGUCAAAAUCGCCAACAGGGUGCUCAGCUUCAGGACCAAGGUCUACAAGGACGAAGUGUUCAUGGAGUCACUCGGCGCCGAGCUCCUGACAGUGACACUACAAUGAGGACAGCCCCUACCAAGCGCGCAAAGACCGAUAUCAGCAUGCUCACACCCGCCCCCGCGAUUCGAGACAGCAGCCAGGCCGAAGCAAUCAACGGGCAGCGCAACAGUUCGCGAUGGCGCGGCCCGUCUUACCAGCUUCCGCCUGACCGCGUUAACGGAGCUCGACGCUUUACAGGACCUGGUAGCAACGACGGUAGCAACCGCCCCCCGCAAAAUGCUCCACGACAACCACGCCGAGGCAACUCACGCCCUAUUCGACGGUCCUCUGGGAGCCAUGGAAACAUCAUUGAGGAUCAGGCGCGAGCCAAUGGACGUCCAGAGCCGGCCCCAGGCAACGAUGAUCGAAGCACCGAGACCCGGCGUAGGCGCAACAGUGGCACCGAUGAUCGUCUACUUUGUCUGCUGCAUGGUGCCUUGUUCGAGGUGCAAGGCAGCCGUAGAGCAAACAUGUCUUCCGCAGCCAACUCGACGACUGCCGACUACGAAUACCAGCCGUUAGACUAUGCGACACAGCAGAUACGUCUUGUCACGCUCCUGGAUCCGCUGGAGAACGACGAUACUAUACGCCUGGAUAUCGACGUCUUCGAAAUCUCAAAAGCCCCGCCGUAUACAGCCUUAUCCUAUGUCUGGGGUCCACCAUCAAGCAAUGCCAUCUACAUCGCGGACGGAAGGCUGGAGAUCCGAGACAAUCUUUUCAGAUUUCUCACUGAAUUCCGGAAAUGCCGCGACAAGACGCCCUCAGAUCAAUAUCUGUGGAUUGAUCAGAUAUGCAUUAACCAGUGGACUAUUUCGGAGCGCAACCAUCAGGUGCAGAUGAUGAGCGAUAUCUACAGCAAAGCUACGUCAGUUAUUGCUUGGUUGGGCGACGGAUCUGAGAAAGCCUGCGCGCCGCCCGAACUUCUCGCCGAACGCGGAUGCGAUCCGCUCGACAAAAUCUACGGUUUACUCGGUCUUCCGUACUUCGACAUCAAUGUCUCGAGGGAUUAG